GUGGAGACAAAAUAAUGUUUGAAUACGAUAAAACCAAAACUUUGUCAGACAGCACCCUCAGACAGUUGGUUAACAUGCUCGUUGCCGACAUGAUUGAAGCUCAUGGAAGAACUCCUCCACAAACUGUGCGGACUAAGUAUGCUCUAGGUAUUGUCACUUUGUUUCCUAACCUGGAGGACCCAUAUUCUAAAAACGGAUAUGAGCAUUGCUACGAUGCGUCUAGCGGCACUGGGUACCUGGCCCGGCGCUUAAAAACUGUAAAGAGAAGUACUGCAGUUGGUGAAAAAAAACAGACCCAAGUCAACUGAAGCCAACAAUGGUCCACUUUCAGAGAGAGUACCAUUUUCAAACACCGAACAGCUGACCGGAGAUGAGUGCAGAGAGGCGAUAUCAACUAUGAAACACACUUCAGAUGAGACCGUUGUUAGGGAAAAAAUGAAGAUAACAUUUCAAUACAGACAGGCUAUGGUCCAUAGUCCAGAGAAGUCUCUAGAUGUAUUGGACAUGUUCCCUAGAUUCCUGGACACACCUGGCCUUAUUGAACAAGAUUUUUUGCUACUAUUUGGAGAAGAGAUCUCAGGAAAGUUUCUGGCAAAGUGGCCAACCUACUUCAAACAGAGAGUGAUCAAUGACAGCAAAGGAUUGUCCUCCAGUCACCACAUUGAGGAACUCAUCAAAGAUGCUCAGCGUGAACCUGGUGAUGACUCUACAGGGUGGGAUAGUGACAUCUCAGCCUUACUGUUGCUGCUGUAUCUCCUGCCCCCAACUCCAAAAGGUCACAAGAAGGCAGCAAAGAUCAGCCCCCUUCAGGCAGCUGACCAUGUGGUGCGAUUUCUUAGGAUGGGAACCAGCAUUCCAAUGUUUUUGGAGAAAGUCGGAUCUGCACAGCCUUUCCUGCUCUGUAUUGGAGAAAAUACCAAGAGCAUUCAGAGGUUCUUCAUUAUUGUCGACAUGAAACCAAUUCCAUGCAAGGCUCCGACGACGGUAGCAGCAUUUGAUGAGCUCUUUAAAGCACACUUUGUGUUCAGCACAUCAUACCACGAAAGUCUGGCAAACUUCUACAUGUUCAUCCAAACGGCAGUGUACAACAUAGAUGCUGGAACCUCCAAAGAAAGACCAAGAGUCAGAGAACUAAGGGCAAGAUUUCUCAGUGGAAAGGAGUGAUUGAAGAUAGGGUCAAAGCAUGUUUACAUGUUUUAUUUGUAAAACUUCUCAUCGGACUUCCUCUCUGAUUUGUCGGCAUUUGAAACUUCUACACGGACUUUACCCUGGAAAGCUCUUGCGUUUACGAUGUGCAGAGUUCGGAUGUUCUUCAAUGUUUGGCACAUAUUCUGGAUUUAAGAAACAUUUAAUCACAGUUCAUGGUGAUGGGACAGUCCACAAUGUGAGUGUGAAUGAGGGUGAAUCCAGUGGUAACUGUGAAAGAACUUUUGAGCUGAAUCUUAGUGAAGCUGACUCAACACCUUCAACUUCACAACACGAUUCAGCAGUGCUUAAGUCUGAAAAACUGUUGCAGGACAUGUGUGGAUCUGUUGUUGCUCAGUUACAGGCAUCAAGAAUUGCUAACAGUACAGUUCAGAGUGUAGUUGUUUCAAUGGAGGAGUUGAUAAAUGAUAUUCAAAGCCAUACAAGAGAGACAAUUUUGAGAAGUUUUUCAUCAGUUCAGG